GGCGGCGUGCGCGCCGUGAGCCCCUCCGCCUCGUCGGAGCCCCGCGCUGCCCGCAGUGGCCGCCGCCCAGAGAGCCGGGAGCAGGAACUUGUAACUGAUCUCCUCAGCCAUUCUAAAUAGCAGGACCCUGAGUCUGUGCCAGACCUGUCCCCACUCCCUCCAGGACAUGCUGCGAGCCGGAUAUACACAGGAGGGACUGAGGGGAAAUGCCACCGCUGCCUCGAUAUAAACCAGCCAGCCCCCAGGAGCCUGGACAUUUACCAAGCCAAGCGUGAGAGGAUGUGAACACGCUUGAUCUGGAAGCACCAGCCCAUCCAAGCAUGACCUCUCAUUUCUUGAAACCGGCUGUAAACAGUGAUAGGGAGGGGCCUCCGGGCUGCCAAGGGAGGCAGGAGCCGCGUGAGUAAUUUGCUGGAGGAAAACAAGUGCGGCAUCUCCUGGCACGAGCCUGCAGCAGACACACCCACACACACACCCACCCACCCAUGCCCAUGCUUUUUGACUGCAGUGGGUGGAGGAGCUGGGUUUCCAGAUGCACAGAACAAUCCCUGUGCUCUGCAGUAGUGCCUUGGCUCUGCCAUGCAGCCUGAGGUAAAGAGGUGUGCAGCCUGGGUGAGGCCGUCAUGUGGAGCUGUGGCCUGCUCAACAGCACGACACAGGGCGAGGAGCAGCUGUGCCAGGACCUGCGUCUAGGGCUCUGGGUCCUCUCUUUGCUCUACCUGGUGGCUGGUGUCCCUGUCGGCCUGGGAUACAACACAUUGCUGGUGCUGGUGAACCUGAGCAGCAAGAGCAGUAUGACCAUGCCAGACGUGUACUUUGUGAACAUGGCCGUAGCAGGCCUUGUGCUCAGCACUCUGGCUCCUGUGCACCUCCUGGGGCCACCCCACACCAGGUGGGCACUAUGGAGCCUCAGCAGCGAGGCACAUGUGACACUGCUGAUCCUGUUCAAUGUGGCCUCCCUGGUAACCAUGUACUCCACUGCCCUGCUCAGCCUUGACUACUACAUUGAGCGGGCCCUGCCUCGUACCUACAUGGCCAGCGUGUAUAACACGAGGCACGUGUGCGGCUUUGUCUGGGGUGGGGCACUGCUCACCAGCUUUUCCUCCUUGCUCUUCUACAUCUGCAGCCACGUGUCCUCUCGGGUUGCUGAGUGUGCCAAGAUGCAGAACACCGAAGCUGCCGAUGCCAUCCUGGUGCUCAUCGGGUAUGUGGUACCAGGCCUGGCUGUGCUGUAUGCCUUGGCACUGAUCUCUCGGAUCCGAAAAGAGGACACGCCCUUGGACCAGGACAUGGGGAGGCUAGAUCCCUGGGUGCACAGGCUACUGGUGGCCACUGUGUGCACACAGUUCGGGCUCUGGACACCUCAUUACCUGAGUCUCCUGGGACAUACAGUGCUGGUCUCACGGGGGAAGCCUGUGGAUGGGCACUACCUGGGGAUCCUUUACUUUGCCAAGGAUUUGUCCAAGUUCCUGGCCUUCUCUAGUAGCUCUGUGACACCACUGCUGUACCGCCAUAUCAACAGAAACUUCCCUAGCAAACUCCGCCGAUUGAUAAAGAAAAUAAACUGUGGUCUCCGGCACUGCUCCCCAGAUCCCUCAGGGGUCCAACCAGUGAUGGCGCAGGCUUAGGGAGAGUACCAGCUGGCAGUGACCAUGCUGGGGGCUUCCCUUGCCCCUCUCUGGCCCCAAGUCUUGGGAGAUGAGCUGGCCACAAGGAAAACCAAGUUCAACUGGAUGCAGAGCACUUUGUUACCCAGACGCUUGGUGCUUUCUGUCCAGAGAUGGACUGCUACAAGGAUAGCACAAGGGGUAUUUUUCUUGAGGUUUUCUAUGUUUUCCCCAAAAAAGGCUCAUCUUGGGCAGGCCAUGCUGGGAAAGCACAGUCCAGUGUGGAGGACAGGCUGCCUCUUAUCACCCUGCAUUCACUGGGAGAUGGGGCAUCUCUGCUGAAGACAUCUCGCAGUCCAUGUCCUCACCAUAAACUGACCUUCAGCCUCCUUAACAGCAGGCUUUUGGAAUGAAGUGAUAAAAUUUAAAGCCAGUAUUUAUACUUUAUAUUGCCAUAGUACUUGAUUCCCCUCUUUGUUUUAUAGAGAUGUUUGACAGAAAAAUGACAAGUAUUAAGAUGAAGGAAACAGU